ACAUAAUACAGAAGCAGUGCCGUAGGAAGCUCUUUUUGAUUGAGGAGGGGGGAGGGGGGCUGUUUUUAAAUUUAGAAUCUGAAAUGCCAAUUUCCUGGGGCCGGUUGUAUAAAACUCUUAAUCACUUUUUAAUCACUAUUUUGUAGUUAAAUAGUGAUUAACUCUUAAAUAGGCGCUUCUUAUUCGAUGACGUUUGCACUUAAUUAUAGUUAACUUUAAUCACUUUUUUAUACAACCGGCCCCUGGACUUUGGGGGAAGUUUUGACGCUCAAGUUCUGAUGCUCAGAAGUUCUGAUGCUCAGAAAACAGACUUUUAGUAUGUCGAAAUUUACAAUUUGCUUACGAUUUAGUAGAACUAAAUGGGUGAAGGCGUAUUUAAUUAACUAUAUAUUGGAGAAGUUGCAGGAAAAAUAUGGGUAAUAUGAUUCUUUGCGGUUUGUCAUGGAUAAAGUAGCCGCUUAAAAUUAAUCAAUUGUCAAAGGUGUGCAUGAUUUUGAAAAAAGAAUAUGUUAAUUCUAAAAAAGUUGGGGGGUUAACAAGCCCCAACCUCGUACCCAGGAUCUUUCUUUGGGAAAGACCCUGGCUGCGGCUGGUCACGUGCUUCAUCAAAAAUUUAGCGCCUGAGGGGGUGUGGGGAAAGUAUCAAAUUACAUCAACAUGCUUCCAGCGGGAUAUUCGUCAAAAACAUAGAUUUUGCGAAUUAUUACGUUCAAAAUACUUGCUAAUUUUUGUUUAUUUUCUUUGCUUUGAAUUUACAAGAACAUUGUUACAUUCUUACUUACAGUCAAGUCAAGAAACCAAGCAAAUCGUUACUCGCAGUGCUCUCUCGUGUUGUUAUUCAAUGCAUGCUCUCUUCACACUCGAGCGCGGUUAUAACAAACGUUUGUUGUAAUGUUUUUAAAAUAGGCCAUUACAUUUGUCCUUUCUUGUAAACGUUGAUACGCUUUGCACCGAUUCACUUGUUACUACGCGUCUUGUUUAUAAGAUUUUUAAAAGAAACAGUAUUGUCUAGGAGAUUAGGACUGCCCAAAUAUUAGCAAAUGUAAACAUUUGAUAAUAGCCGAACAGAGAAAUGUCCAUAAGCAUAGAGGAAAUUUCAGUCAUUGAUUUAUCUGGAUUUACUACAUAAAUUCGUAUUCGGUAAUUAUAGUAAGACUUUAGCCUUUUUCUUGGUCUCUAUUAAUCAUUAUAUUGUGCUAAUAUACUAUAAUCUAUAUCACAAAUUUACAGUGUCAGAUGCGCACAGACCGUCAUUUGGCGUCAUACGAAUAGACAUAAAUUUUCGAGUUUUCUACUUCUACUAACAUUUUUAAAGUUUUCAUUGUGAAUCACCUGUUUAUCUCUAACUCAUUAAUCAUUUGCUACUUAUAUUUAUUUGAUAGUGUCAAUGUCAUAUAGUGAAUAAUGCGUUUACACACAAGCAAUCCUGGAUAUGAUAUAGACGAUGCAAGCUGUCCAUUAAAAAAUAACGGUAUUCUAUUUCACAAAGCAAAAAUUUAAAUCUCACUUGUAUAUAUUAAGAAUGCAUAUAAAGCAAAAAAUUAAAGCUUAUUCAUGUCAAAACGAAAGCUGUUUACAAAAUUUAUAAAGGUGGUGAACACUACUAAACAGUGCUCAUUGAAAGACAUGUAUAAUACAGUGACAUAUAAUUUGCCGUUUGACUUAUCUUUGGUGUAUGAUUUUAAUACCGUAGAUUUUCAACAGACAGCUAUACUUUGACAUAUACCAUGAUCGUUGGAUUCAGCAAUGCCAAGGGCCAAUUUUAUAGUCUUUUGACGGGCUUUAAGUUUUUUGAUAAGGCCUUUAUAUAGAUCAACAAUCUGGAUACAGUUGGCGAUAUUUCGGAAAUCAAAAGAUCUCGCUAUUUCGUUGCAAUUCCACAUCUCAUCAAUAAAUAAAUUCUUUUGGUCCUAGUAUCAGGAUAAACUUUAAUACUAAAUAAAUAACAACCACACUGUUCGGUCUAGAGAUAUAUAUUUCCUUGUAGGUUUAAUCACAGUUUAAUAUUGCCACGCUGCACAAGCGGCAAGCGUGCUUUCUUUGGCAAGUCUAUAAUGAAAUCUGAUCCAACUUGCUUGAAUUGUAACUCGACACCAGAUUAUAGAGUAGAACGUCACGACAUAAAUAUUAAUUCAAGAGUUCUCUUUAUAAUUACGAUUUCUUGUUGCAAAUUUACAGUAAAUUUCAUCACCCAAAGUUGCAAUUUUAAAACGCUACAAACACGCUCCUUUCUCACCCCUCUCACAGUUACAAUUAAAUUUACCUCCCAGAAUCUGGGAGGCACGUGACCAGCCGCAGCCAGGGUCUCUCCCAGAUGACAGAAGGAGAGACCCUGGGAACGAGGUUGGGUGAUUGCUUGUUGCAUGAAACUUAAAGUAGCGACUUAUUCAAUUGAAAAAUUGUAUUAAAAUAUUAAAUUAUUAUUAUAUGCUCUACAAUUGUCCUGUAUUGAGCACUCUUUAUUCUUAAAAACGGGAAAUUACUUGAUGAAAUUAUAUAUAUAUAUAUAUAUAUAUAUAUAUAUAUAUAUAUAUAUAUAUAUAUAUAUAUAUAUAUAUAUAUAUAUAUAUAUAUAUAUAUAUAUAUAUAUAUAUAUAUAUACUGGGUAUCGCAAAGGGUGUAGCGCUUAGACUACGUAGAAUAUGCUCCAAGGAAGAGGACUUUCGUGCCAAAAGUGCGGAAUAUGCUAAUUAUUUAAUUGAAUGCGAACACGAAAAAGAGCAUGUCUUAGAUAAAUUUAGAGAAGUAGGUAAUAUUUCUAGGGAAGAUGCACGCAAAAGUAAGAAAAAGUCCAAUGAAGGAUAUUGUUGUUUAGUUACUAAGUAUAAUCCGCGUGGACCAGACAUACGAAAAAUCAUAAAUAAACAUCACAAGUCCAUUAUCUGUGGUGAUGAGAAGGCCAGAGAUAUUCUACCCGAGAAGGUUAUUCGUGUGUCUUUUAAGCGCAACGCCAAUUUAAAGGAGUUAUUGGCUCCCUCCAACCCAUAUGGCAAGGAAAAUACUGAAGUAGAACAAUUCGGUUGUUUUAAUUGUACAGCAAAGCGUUGUGACUGCUGUAAGAAUUUUUUGUUAGAAGGGCACACUUUUCGUUCCGUUAUUACCAAGAAAGUUUUUAAAAUCUGUAAAUCGCUCACAUGUACGUCCAAGGCAGUGGUAUAUCUUGCCGAAUGUUUGGCUUGUGGUUUGCAGGGUGUUGGUUCUACUGUUAAUUUUAAGGCCCGCCUUGCAAACUACAAGUCACACAUUAAGCGUGGGCACAGAACUUGUAGUAUUGUUAAUCACUUCCUGGAUUGCCACGGGGCUGAUCAUUCAUAUUUGAAAUUUAUGCUGAUUGAUCAGCGUUGUGGUAAUCUGUUGGAAUGUGAAAACUUCUGGAUUGGGACCCUUUUGACUAAUCGGGGAGGGUUAAAUGAUAGUCAUGAUUUUGUGCAACAGUGACUUCUUUGUCUAUUUCUAAGCUUAAUUAGUUAUCAUUAUUGUAAUAUUUGCAUAUUAUUGGUGUAUAUAUAUACGUUAGAAAUUAUUAGUAAUAUUAUUUCUGAGGAAGGCUGAGACAUUCAGUCGAAAAUUAAAACUUUAUUACUUUAGAACAUUUUUAGUAUUGGUUUCUCUCGGAUCGUAGCCAGCUAUUCUGUUGUAUAUAUAUAUAUAUAUAUAUAUAUAUAUAUAUAUAUAUAUAUAUAUAUAUAUAUAUACAGGGUGUAUCAAAAAAAGCGCAAUCCUCGACUGAAAUGGAAAUUGCUAAACAAAUAAUAGACGAAAACGUUAAAGUUUACAUUCAUUUUAAAGCGUAGCCAUUCAGCUUUCUAACAGUGGGUUGUUUCUUAAAUUUGACUCAUUGGUUCGCGAAUAAUAAUACUUUACGUUAUUGCGAUUGGAGAUUAAAAAAAUUGAGAUGGAAUAACAAAUCGUUCUCAUGAAAAUAACUGAUUUUUUCAUUAAAACAAAAAAAUGUUGCAUUUUAUUAAAUGGAAUGUAACAAUAAGUAUAAUUACGGCUUUUCUUCCACUAUUUUUAACUCAGUUUGAAACUUCAAAUGCGAUAUAAUUUUGGCUUGGACCAUCUAAGCUGACUGACAUCAACUUGCUAUAAUUUCUGUUUACAUUACAUCGCAAUUCGAUGACACUCAGACACCAGAAUGUUUUGACGAUUUUUAGCAUUCGUUUAGGAUUUUCAAACAACCUGGUCUCUUGUAAAAUACUUUUAAUUUGUUCUUACGUGGUUUUCCAGAUGUAGUGACGACAACAUUAAAGUUUAAAGAAGAAAAUUCUAACAUUUAAAUCGACUAAACAAUAACAUAUAGUAAACUUGCAUAAUUAAACAGCAACUAAAAAUGAUAGGUUUUACUAAAUCUUUUCCUGUGCAAUUAUUACUAGCAUUGGAGACAAGGAUAAUAGUUUGUUUGAAAGAGAAAAGAACAGGCUUCGAAGUAAGCCUAAAAGCGUUUAACUAGAAAUAGUAUUUCGAAAGUUAUUAAGCACAAAAGAUGAAUUGCGUUUAUUUUGAUACACCCUGUAUAUAUAUAUAUAUAUAUAUAUAUAUAUAUAACAAUCAAUUUAAAAAUCAGAGACUAUGCAACUUCGACCAUCAAUUAAUUAAAAAAACUAAAACAUACUAAAAUAAAAGCUUAAAAGUUAAAAACGUUUCGGCAGUUCUGCCUUCAUCAGUUUAUCCUGAUAAACUGAUGAAGGCAGAACUGCCGAAACGUUUUUAACUUUUAAGCUUUUAUUUUAGUAUGUUUUAGUUUUUUUAAUUAAUUGAUGGUCGAAGUUGCAUAGUCUCUGAUUUUUAAAUUGAUUGUUAUAUAUAUAUAUACGACAGUACUUGCUGUGAAUCCUAUUUGGAUCCUUCGCCCUCGAGGAGACUUCGUUUGGCAUUACCAUACCUAAUAUCAAAGCUUAUAUAUAUAUAUAUAUAUAUAUAUAUAUAUAUAUAUAUAUAUAUAUAUAUAUAUAUAUAUAUAUAUAUAUAUAUAUAUAUAUAUAUAUAUAUAUAUAUAUAUAUAUAUAUAUAUAUAGAUAGAUAGAUAGAUAUAUAGAUAUAUAUAAUACCUGGAAGUUAAUAAUAUGUUAAUUUGAUUAUGAUAAAUUUAAUUCAAAAUUGUACUAUUUCACUAACAAUUGUCGUUAUAUUGAAUUUCAACAAAUUGUAUAUUUGUGCUUUUUCCCCUUAAACAGUUUGAUUACAGAAGAUAAAUAAUUAAUAAGUAAUAGAACGAAUUAAGUCGUGCUAUUAAUGCCAUAAUCAUACUUGUGAUUAAGAAAACAAACCUCCCGCUACGCGGUCGGUUGAUUUUGUAAUCACUCGUAUGAUUAUGGCAUUUAUUAUUAGCAUCACAAAAUUACUGGAUGCUGAUUGGUUGAGAGGAGUACAAUUAUUUUGUUACUUGUACUGCAGUACAAUUAAUGAUUUUCCCAAAACAAACAAAAUGGCAGAAAGGUAUUUUAAAUUAAACACCAAUGUGAAAUGAAAUUGCAGUGGAGGAACUAGAUGAAAAUACGAACAAAAGCACCAAAUUUUGCUCUAACAAAGGAACUAAAUGAAAAUACAAACAAAAGCACCAAAUUUUGGUUGAAUAUCUGGCAGGACUGGGCUUUGGCGAGAGUAUAUGAUGUUGACAUUGAGAAGUACGUACCCAAUUUUGUCAUGCUAAUAAUAAACAAGUAAUCAUGCAAUUUUUGGCAAAAUUUCUAGGGAUGAGCCGAUUAAUCGGUAAAUAAUCGGCAAAGCCGAUUAAUCGGCCGUUUUUUUAAUAAUCGGUAAUCGGCCGAUUAUUGCCUGAUAAUCGGCAAAUAAUCGGCCAUUAUAAGACCUUUUCUGCAGCUGCCAAUCACAUGCUAAAAUACUGAAUACAAGCGAAUAGAUUUUCACAUUUUGUUGCAAAACCUGUGUCUUUUGUCUCAAGCAAAGUGAAGCUGGGAACAUUUCCACUAAAAAAACGCAGCAGACUAGCUCCGCGUAGCUGACAGUGCCUUGUUUUUACACCAUAAUCUGUCAAAACUAAAACUUUGACUAUUGACAUGAAAGACUGAAGCUGUUUUUAAUUGUACAAAGUGUGUAUUGUAAACAAUAAAACCGCAUUUACAACUUCAUUGUUGGUCAUCUUGUGAUUUUUCGCUUGCUUUUUAAAAUAAUCGGUUGGUACCGAUUAAUUGGCCGAUUAGUUACAAUAAUCGGCUUAUAAAUAAUCGGCCGCAGUAAUCGGCAAUUUUCCUUAUCGGCUCAUCCCUAAAAAUUUCCAAACAUCACUCGUACUAUUAAUCCCUAAUUGUACUCGCCAUCGCAUGAUUACCUUUAAAUUCCAAAGAGCAGAUAAUCGUGAGCUUACAAAGAUAUUUUAAUUUCUUCAAUACUCAUAUUAUAUGCAUCAUGUCGAUCAUAUUUACGUAUCUUUGCGUUCAGUUGGUGCUGAGGCGUUCGGAUUCUGGCAGUGCGUUGUUUCAGUGGUUUUGGGUUUUUUGGGACACCCUGUAUACAGUAUACUGCGAAUUAAAAGGUUUAUGUUAGGAAGAGGAGGGGCACCAUGCAAUGGACUUUACGUCCAGUUUGUGCCUUGUCCGUUUGAGUACAGCUUUUUAAUUGUAUGUUAGAUGAAUAUUUGUUGAAUUAAUUUGUACUCAAUAAAGUUUAACAAACAAACAAACAAAACCUAUACUAAUAUCACUCCUAUUCGUUCUAUUACCAUCAUUAAUUGUGCUGCAGUACAACUAAUGAUUUUCCCAAAACAAACAGGACAG